AAAACAAAAAUAAAGUCACAAGUUGAAAAAAACAUCUCAAUUAUAUCAUAGAGAGAGAAACAAAACAUUGUAGAGAGAGAGGGUGACUACUUUAUGCAAAAUGGUGUGAAUGUUGGAAGCAUGGAAGCAAAGCAAAGGCCAAGUAUGGCGGCAACCAUUUCUCUAAUCACUUCUCUCUCUUCUAUUUAUUAAAUCCCUAGAGAGAGAAAACAAUUCAAAAAUUCUAUAAAACCAAAUUUCUUUACUUCCUUUUCUAAAUUCCUUUAGUGGGUUCUGACCAUUAAAAGAAAUUAAAUUCAAAAAGUAACAAAAUUUUUUCUGGGUUUCUUUUAAAAUUCAAAAUUAUUUAUAAAUUUACAAAAAUGACAAAGUGUACUGCUUCUACAUAUAGUAAUGAAAUUGGCGUUUCAAACAAGAAAUUCCAAGAAGGUCAAGUAGUUGUAGUUGAGCUGGGUCUGAAAUUGCAGCAAGAUCAGGACCGUUCAUUUUUAAGUAAAAGAGAUCUUGAUGAUGAUGAUCAUCAUGAUGAUCGUGAUGGUGAUGGAAAUAGUGGGCCCACAAGUAAUGGGUAUAACAAUAUGAUGAGUAAUUACCACAGUAGUAAUUCACCCUCUUCUGUUCAUUGUUCAACAACUAAUACAACUACAAGUUGUGCUGUUUCUUCUGCUGUUUUUGUAAGAGGCUUGCAGCCUUUUGAUGUUUCUUCUUCAUAUUACUCUCCUGCAAAUCCUUUCUUCAAAUCUUCAGUUGGUAUGGCUACAACAAUGGGGUUUCCAUUUACAGCAGCACAAUGGAAAGAAUUGGAAAGACAAGCAAUGAUAUACAAGUACAUGAUGGCAUCUCUUCCUGUUCCUCCUGAUCUUCUCUAUUCAUCAUUUGCUACCAAUUUUGCUCCCACAUUUGUCCCUGCUUCCUAUUUGUUAGGGAAGUAUGGGAGUGGAAUAAGCAUGAGAUGGAGUGGAAAUAGUAAGGAUGCCGAACCAGGAAGGUGUAGAAGAACCGACGGAAAGAAAUGGAGGUGCUCAAGGGACGUGGCGCCUAAUCAAAAGUACUGUGAGCGUCACAUGCAUAGAGGACGUCCCCGUUCAAGAAAGCAUGUGGAACUUCAACAACAGCAACAACAACAACAACAACAUUCCAUUUCCAAUCUUUCCCUCAACAACAGUAUCAUUGACAAAGAUAAUAUUGCACCUCCUAAGAAGACUCGCUUGAGCGACUCUUCUUCGUCUAAUCCUCAAUGUGUGGCGUCUAAUCUUCAAUCUUCUACUAAAGCUUCCAUAUUUGAUCAUCAUUUAGUCUCUCCUACUAAUCCUUUUGAGGAUUCUAGGAACUUGGGUUGGACUGAUGAGCAACAAUGGAAUCAUUUGGUGCAUCAAGCAAACAUGGGUUCCUCAGUUUUUCAUAACCAAUGUGAUGGGGAGACCUUAAAUUUGAAUUCCAAUUCUGGUUUUAAUACCAAAUCUGAUGAAUUGGGCUUGCUAGAGAGGCCUUUGAUUGAUACUUGGUCAAUGGGUAUGGCAGGCAACAAAAACAUUGGUGGAAAUUGUAAUAAACUCUCAUCAAAUGGCAAUACCAUUGAUGACGAGAUGUGCCAAAUCCACAUGGGCCUCGGGCUUAUUGACUCAUGGGUUUCGUCCACAACCACACCCGGUGGCCCAUUAGCCGAAGUUUUAAGGCCGGGUAAUCUGGCAAUAUCAGAUGCCGGUGAGACCAAGUUUGUCACACCGCCAGCGACAACAGUCUCGUCUCCUUCUGGGGUUCUUCAGAAAACACUUGCUACAUUUUCGGAUAGCAGCGAGAGCAACAGCCCCAUUACUUGCAAUAACUCCAAGGCAAGCUCCGAUAUGCCAUUCCACUGGUUGAACUAGUAUGUCUUUUGUUCUUCUCGAAGCUCCUUUCGAGUUUUUCUUUACAGCUUUCGAGAGAAUCGGUAGUUAUGAAAUCUAGGAAUAAGUUGGAUGUUUCUUGCAACUGAUCAGCUGGAAAUUUUGUAUGUUUAUUGUAUGUUUAUUUUAUGUUUCUUUUAAGUGCAAGAAGUCCAACAGUGUAGUAGUACUUGGGCACUUUCUUGCAAGAAUAGUAGAAAUAUAAGAUAUUUUGAGUUCUAAAUUAAGCUGAUCCGAUUAACUGAAA